GGCCAGCCACACACACAGCACUGUGAUCGUUCGGGCUCUAAUGUUGGGGUUGGUGAAACAGUUUUGUACAUCUUAUCCUGCCAGCACAUCCUUUAAGCUACGGCUGGUUUUGGGCGUAACAAUAUCACGGCGCGACGGUUCCAACUUUCAUCCGACGCACCGGUACAGGAUGCACACAGCGUACUUCAAGCACCUGCCGGGCGAGAGCCAUUGCCAGAUCCGGUUUCACCUGGUGGCUGCGCAACAUCGGAUCGACAAGGUGUUCAACUUGAACCGCAGCACAGACGAGCCGCUGGAGGUCUGCCUCGAGCGGAUGCGGUGUAACAUCGACAAGGAGCUCUCCAAAAAGAGUAAACGGAAAGGGUCGAAAAAGGAGCCAGCUGCGGUGGCACCGGCGCCAGCGGAGGAAAAUGUACGGACACAGCCACCGUCAGUCGCAUCGUCACCUAUCACGGUGUCCAUCGGUACGAGGAAGGAGCAAUUCAGCGGCAUCACGAUAGCGGAACUGCUGGUUCGCAUCGACCACGAGCAGGACGUGUUUCUCACCGUGCUGGACGAUGAGUUCCGGAUUGUCUGUAACAGUCCGGAGGUGCAUGCGGUGGCGCUACCCUCCUCCAUGCUGGCCGAUUUCUACGUUUACCCGGCGAAGCUAGAGUUGCACUUUGCGACGGUGGCCCAGAGCGAAUACCGCUGGUACCGCGGUCUGAUGCCCGCCAGCAACAACGCCACGCAGAUCCAGUGGGAAGAGGUAUGCCGGGAGUUGACGUAUUUGGUGCGGACGAGCGAUAUCGGCUACCAUUUAAAGUUCUGCUGUACGCCGAUGGGAGAGGAACGACGAGUCGGUCCGACUACCGAAAUCGUGGCGACGCGGCCGGUCCAAGCCGGCCCCGGCCAGUGCCCGUUUGAGGUGCGACAUUUGUUCACGCCCAGCAAGCUGCCACCGGAUCAGUUUCGUGUGGUUUCCUACAAUCUGCUCGCGGACUACUACACCGAUUCCGAGUACAGUCGAACGGUGCUGUUCGGCUACUGUCUGCCUUACGCGCUCGAGAUGGACUACCGGAAGCAGCUGCUCAUCAAGGAGCUGCUGGGCUACCGAGGCGAUAUCCUAUGCUUGCAGGAGGUUGAUACCAAGAUCUUCGAUUGCGAUCUGCUGCCUAUACUUGGGCAGAAACAGUUUGCCGGCUGCCAUCUACCGAAGCGCAACACUGCGGAAGGCCUGGCCACGUUUUACGACACCGGAAAGUUUGACUUUAUCGAGAAGAAUAACGUGAUCGUCAGCGAGAUCAUGGAUCAGUUUCCCGAGCUAUGGGAUAAAGUAUGCGGCAACGGGCCAUUGGUGGAGCGAAUUGUGAAACGCUCAACGGCCUUGCAACUGACGUUGCUUCGCUCGCGUGCGGCUAAUAAGUACUUGCUGGUCGCCAACAUCCAUCUCUACUUUCAUCCAGAUGCCGACCACAUACGUUUGUUGCAGUUUGGUUUCGCGAUGUUGCACAUACGGCGCGUGUACGAACGGAUUCGCAGGGAGCACAAUCUGGGCGAGCAAGCACUGGCACUGUUGUUCUGUGGCGAUUUCAAUUCCGUACCAGAGUGUGGCAUCUACCGGCUAAUGACGGAAGGGUACGUUGGCCCGGAAAUGGCAGACUGGCAGAGCAACGAGCUGGAGGCAGUUCGCAAUGUUUCUUUGGCACAAUCGUUUCCGAUGGCAUCGGCCUGUGGUUGUCCACCGUUUACCAACUAUACUGUCGGGUUUGCUGCGUGCAUCGAUUACAUCUUCUAUCAGACCGAUCUGCUGCAGGUGACGGAUGUGAUUCCCAUGCCUAGCGAAGAAGAGCUCAAUAUGUAUGAAGCGAUACCGUCGCCUGUGUUUCCCUCCGAUCAUAUUGCCUUGGUAGCAAACUUGAAAUGGAAUGUGCAGCUAGGCGAGUGAGCUAAGGGCCCGGUGUCCCUCAGCGGUGUUAAGUUUGAAACAUUUCGGAUCGGGCGAACAAACGAAACAACAAUAAAAUUAGUUCAAUGUUUUAUUAAUA